AUGCCUCCUUCUCAGCCAAUACAAGCGCUGCCCCCUGAUGUGAUAGCAAAGAUCAAAUCCUCAACUUCUAUCUCUCAUUUGAAUGGUGUCAUUGUGGAGUUGGUCAAAAAUUCUUUGGAUGCCAAUGCACGUACAAUCUUCGUGACUGUCGACUUCAAACGUGGUGGUUGUCUAGUCGAAGACGAUGGCGAUGGAAUCCCUCCAGCUGAAUUCACAGCGACUGGAGGACUCGGCAAAGCUCACCAUACAUCUAAAUUCAAUCUGAGCGGCUCCUUUGGCCACCGGGGGUUGUUCUUGGCCUCCCUGGCCUCUCUGUCUUUGUUGACCCUGACCUCUCAUCAUAUGCAAUAUGAGAGCACUAACUCCAUUAUAUUGCAUCAUUCGACACCUGUUGCACGGCUAAUCCCUGCACCACCGCAUCAAGUGCUCCGUUUUGGCAAUCAUGGCACGUCUGUUACGGUCAAUGACCUUUUUGGAAAUAUGCCAGUCCGUGUUAAGAGUCGAGCACUCGCUCUUCAGAAGUCCGAUGAGAUGGAACGAGAGUGGGACAACUUGAGAUACUCCUUGGUGUCUCUCAUGUUGAGCAAUCCCCAGCUCUCGAAAUUGGUCCUGUCUGAUGCAGAGAAAAGUAAACGGGUCUCCAUUCGUCUUGGCGCCCUUUCUGUGUCCGAUUUACCCGUCUCACGCGGCGAUAAUGAUUUUAACCUCAAGCGCAUUGGUUCGAUUCUCACACAAUCUGGGCUGAUCUCUUCCCGACACGUGGAACAUUGGCAUGAACUGUCUGCCUCGGUUCCUGAUCUUGCCGUUCGAGGAGCAAUAUCUCUUUUACCUAGCCCGACUCGAAAGGUUCAAUUUAUCUCGGUAGGAAAAGAACCUUUGCUGUCACGCAAUAGUUCAAACGUUCUGUACGAUGAGGUCAACCGACUGUUCUCGUUUUCCGACUUUGGGAAUGCUGGAGCCAUAUCCGACGCGAUGUCGGCCGCCAGCCCAGCAGUCUCAGUGAGUCGGCAAGAUGCUCCUAGUAAUUCAAGCACCAGAAGCUGGGCAAAGCCCAUUAACAAAUGGCCCAUGUUCUACAUACGUGUUGACACGAGCAUCGCUCUCCAGCGGGACAAUGAUGGACGUGAGACUUUUCCGGAAUCAGACAAGUCAAUUCAACGGAUUGUCGAUGUACUUGGGGCUAUGGUUUACGAGUUUUUGAGGCAGCACAAUAUGCGUCCCCGUAAAACUAAGCGGCCAACACUUUCAUCGGAUCGGACUCGGAGCCUUCGCCCCACGGAGUCCAAGGGUUCCGAAAUGUCUCAUGAUUCCAUCAGUCAAGGCCAGUCUGUGUCAACCACCGAAGAGGCGUUGAGUGGUCGCGUGAAGCUACCAUCGUUUCCAAGACCUCAAUCCAUCAAUUCUGGUCAGAGCUUUAGUAAUUGGUCUAGAGUCAAAGCAGCGAAAGACCAAAAAAUACACUCUGCUACUCCACGAACUCGACAUUCGCAUGUUCAUCUCGAAACGAGUGAGGAGGCCUUCACCGAGUCAUCCGGAUUGCCCAAGCCAAAGUCGACGGAACAAGAUAUGGCCAGAACGCAGGAUAAUUCUGAGUGCCCACCUUCAGACAAGAUGAUCACUUGGAUUGAUCCGCAUACAAAGUUGGCCUAUCUAAUAAAUCCUCACACGGGCCAAACAACAAACCCUCGACAAUCGAUACCUCUUCAGCAUUCUUGUUCAACGGGCUCUCUUGGUGCCUCGUCGAAACUUCCAACACAGAGCUUUUGGGUAGAAAGCAUGUUGGGCGCAUGGGAGAACCCUGCUUUCAACCGAACGGAAAUGCCUAUACCAAAUUUGGGUCUAGAUUCCACUGGGCCACAGAACAAAACCAUUCCACAUGACUGCUUCAACGGUAUUGAGUCUCUGGAGACGACACAGGUUGCAAAAUACCGAGGGAAGCUCCGACGUCGCGGCCUCCAAACCGCUGAGGUUAUCGCCCAGGUAGACAAGAAGUUCAUUCUCGCCAAUUUACAUACUGCUGGCGAGAAACUCGGUGGGGAUCAGCGUUCAAACGAUGUUCUGCUUUUAAUUGACCAGCACGCGGCCGAUGAGCGAUGCCGAGUUGAACAGUUGUUUGGCGACAUGUUUGUCUCUCCCGACACAACCGGGACUCUGGAUCAAGAUGCCCAUGUGCGAACUGUCCAAAUCGCUUCUUUGGCAUUUGAAGUCUCAUCGACAGAGGGUGAUCUUUUUCAAAAGUACAAGGGUUUCUUCUCGGCCUGGGGUAUUCUGUAUACGACAGAAUUGAAGACCAAAUCUACUGCCGCAGUCACCGUGCACACUCUUCCUGCGCUUAUAGCUGAGCGCUGUCGCCUUGAACCUCAUGUACUAGUCGACUUGAUGAGACGUGAGAUCUGGUCAAGUGAGGAGAAUGGCAAGAAGCCAUUACGGUCUAAGAGCACAUUUCCAACUGAGGAGCUUGAACAGGACUCGGAUCUGUCAGACUGUGAAGACACGGUGCUCAAGCCAGAAAAAAGGCCCUUCACUUCUCAUUCAUGGGUUCAGCAGAUGAAUGGAUGUCCCGACGGCAUUGUUGAACUUCUGAAUUCUCGCGCAUGUCGCACCGCUAUCAUGUUCAAUGAUCACCUUAGCAUUGAGGAGUGCCAAGCUUUAGUCGCGAGGCUGGCUCGCUGCGCCUUUCCAUUCCAGUGUGCCCAUGGGCGCCCUUCAAUGGUCCCAAUACUUGACCUCCGUUCCCUCCCCAACACCACCGCACCCCUGCCUCUGCAUUUGGAUACCAGGGAAACGAGUUUUAACGAUGACAAAACAGAUUUGGAUUUUGUGGAGGCGUUUCGGUCCCAGUAUGUAACAUAG